AGACAGAAGAGACAGGAGCUCUAAGAGAAUUCCAGUGCUGAACACGUAGGUGAUUUCAGCUAACCAUGUCACAGAAAACGGAACACAGUGCGUCACAGAGCAUGGGUGUAGCUGAACCCCAGAUAAAUGCUGGGGGCAACAUCACCAUGAUUGCAAGAGAAGGGUCAACCAUCAAAAACACUACCGUCACUGACUGCACAAUUGAAAAUGCCUACUUCGGACCCCCACCAGAUCCUCCUCUAGACAAAGAGGAAUUCCAACAAGAGCUUAAGAGGUCUCUGGGGCAGAAGUAUAAACUUGUCCGUAACGCCAAACAAGGACCUACUGCACUCAGUGACAUCUACACAGACCUAGAUAUCACCAUAGAAACAUCUGACGAAUCAAGUCAAAUCGAACGAAUUAAAUGCACAGACAUUUUCAACUCCAAACCUGGCAAAAGAACUGUGCUGACCAAGGGAAUCAGUGGAACGGGCAAGACCGUGUCUGUGCAGAAGUUCAUCCUUGAUUGGGUGGAAGGAAACUCCAAUCAAGAUGUGGACUUUGUAUUAACAUAAAGUAAAAAAACAAGAGUCUGUUUAGUUUGCUUCAAGAUUUUGCCCCUAAUAUUCACAAGUCUUUCCUCGAUCCCAAAAACAAGACAGUCAUUAUUUUGGAUGGGUUAAAUGAGUAUCAUUCUUCUCUUGACUCCAAAAGUGAGGUCUUUAAUAAUGUAGAGUCUGAAGCCUCUGUGGAUGAGCUGCUGGUCAACCUCCUCAAGGGAAAUCUUCUGGAUAGUGCACUCUUCUGGAUCACCUCACAACCAGCGGCAGCCAGUAAUCUUCCUCGUGACAGUGUUGACAUGGUGACUGAGCUGAAGGGUUUUAACGACCAACAAAAGGAGGAGUAUUUCAAAAAGAUCCAUAUCGGACAUGAUGGGAAGGCUGAAGAGGUGAUCUCAUACCUGCACAAGUCAAGAUCCCUCAGUGUCUUGUGCGACAUCCCAGCCUUCUGCCAGAUUUUGUCCAAGAUAGUAAAAAACACAACAAAGCCCUUCAGAAGCUUGACUAGGCUAUUAGGAGACUUCCUGUACCAGCACAUCGACCAGCUGAAAGAAAAAGCAGACACCAAUAAGAAAAGAUACUACUCAACCUGGGGAAGCUUGCAUGGGACCUACUCAAAACGGAUAAAAAAGACUUCAAUGAAAGUGGUCUGAAAGCAUAUGGCAUUGAGCCUCAUGACUACGUUGUUUUCUCUGGGAUAUGCACAGAGUCGGACACACAGAGCAGUCAGGACCCCUACUCGGACGAGCGGAGGUUUCAUUUUUUUGAUCACCACAUUCAAGAGUUUCUUGCAGCUAUGUACGUCAUCUUAUCAUUUGCACGUGACAAGAAGAAUCCAAUUCAGGAACUAACUGGCAAUACAAAAAGGAUGGCAAAGCCAACAUUGUUUGAUGUCCAGAAGUCUGGCUUAAAGAAAGACAGUCUUAACAUUUUUGUAAAACUUUUCUUCGGUCUCUGUGAAAAGUCGAAUCAAGAUCUUAUGAAGACGUUGAUGGGUUGGAUAGCCAAGUCACAGAGCACACCAGUGGAAUGGAAUGAAGAUGGUGAGAAACUAAUCAACCAUAUAUCAAAGACUUUACACGAAGAUCCACCAGAUCAGAGUGCCAAACGCUUAGGAUUUCUCUGUGAACUGAAUGACAAGUCUCUGCUGAAUAAAAUCCAAGAUUACAUCCAACGCAAUUCACCAGAAAAAUUGGAUCAGGACCUGAUCAUAAUGUUGCAGACAAAUGAGGAAAUUCAACAGAAGUUUGAAAUGAAGUACUUUAAGAAAUCAGAUACAGAUGUGACAAAAUUUAUCUCGGUGGUGAAAAUGUCAAAUACAGCAAAGUUGAACCGGUGUAACCUGACUGUAGCCAGCUGUAACAGGCUAGCCCAAUCACUGAAGAAUACUCGCUCCCAUGUCACAGAGAUGGACCUGAGCGAGAAUGAGAUUGGUGAUUCUGGGGUGAAUCACAUUUCCUCAAUGGCGCAGGAUGGGAACUGUAAUAUUGAGCGUUUAAGUUUUGUCUGCUGUGGACUGACAUAUUUGUCUUGUGAGAGCCUAAGCCAAGCUCUGCAAACAAAGGACUCACAUGUCAGAGAACUCGACAUCAGCAACAAUGACCUCGGUGACCAAGGACUGAUCUCCCUCUCCUUGGCCAUGGCUAACGUGAACUGCAAGCUACAGACACUGAGACUUGCCUGCUGUCAGCUCACAUCAACAGCCUGUGAGGAUCUCAACUUAAGUCUGCAGUCAGCUGAUUCAAGUCUGAAACAUCUGGACUUGAGUUUCAAUGACCUUCAGGACUCAGGUGUUCAACAACUUUUUGUUUGGUGUAACAAAACUUGAGACCCUGAGACUGGCCUCCUGCAACCUUACAGAAGGGAGUGGCCAGUAUAUUGGUGAGCUGCUGCAGUCUCAAACCCUGAAAGAGUUGGAUUUGACCA